AAUCAGAGAAUCUUUACAUUAAAUUGUGCUUUUGCAGCCUUUGAGUCUGUUUUUUUGUGCCAAACAAAGUCAAACAAAAAAGACACUUUUCACUUCAGAUUAUGCAAAAACUCUGCGUAACCCUACUGGCAGGACUCCAGUUUCCUGUAAUGGAUAUCAGCUCAUGAAGCUCCUCCACGUUGAAUGUCACCAGCUCAUCGAAGGCAAAACAGCUUGAUUUCAAACACACUGUGGUAAUAAGUAGCAACAUAAUCUAUUCAGUGUGUUUUGCCUGGCUGAUUGGAAACACGUUCCCCAUCCAACAUCAACCAAAGGAGGAGAAGCGGGAUGGGAAAUCUGGAGGACUGGUCGGCGGAAAGUGUGGAACUUCUCCCUCAGACAUCCGAGUACACAGACCGAGCGUCUUUCAUAACAGAGCCUCCGCCACCCUCAACUCUGGAGUUCUACCACGAAUUUGGACUCCAUCCCUCCGAGUAGUCUGCAUGGGUGGAGACAGGAAGGAGCAGAGGAUGGACCCUCAGACGUCACCACCACUCCCCAUCUCCCCUGUUGGACCCUUCCCUCUCUCCUCACGGCUCAGUCAGAAUUGAUGGUGAGCAGGGAUGAACACGGUGGGGAGAUUGUGAACUUGGGAGGAUAAUUUUGUGUUUGCAGGCGUUGGAUUGGAUCAACUUCAGAGGGAAGCCUUUCACGCGUCGGGCUUUGGGUCCGUGCGUCCUUGGAUGUUGCGCAUCGCCGCGGGCAUGUAGGUGAAUGUGUGCAGUUUACAGGCAUUCACACACAUCGAUCCUCAGCAUUUCUGAGCUGCAAGGAACUCGAGCUGAUGAGCGCGCCACACCUUUUCCUCCGCAACUGUUAAACCAUCUUCAAGAUGCCGUUUAUCGCGUUUGCCAGGUGAUACCUGUUGAUUUCGCCCCGCGCCAUGUCCUGCUGCCGGACUGAAGUGGACAAUGAAGUUAUGGGAUAGCCUGACCACUUGUUUGAUACUGCUGAGCGCCGUGCACGCCGGCUCGCUGCUCCGGAGCCGACAGCAGCCCCAGUCCGCCGAGAGGAGAGGGCGCGCCGCCGAGAGUCCCCUGGAGCUCCCGCCGGUUCAGAUCCGCCUGUCGGUCACCUCCCCGGGCAUCGGCCGCGCUCAGGCGGACACGGAGGACUGGGAAGGGACGCUGGCUGGAGGCGAAACAUACGCCAUGGAGGAACCGCCCCUCGAUGGGUUUGAAGACGUGGUGGACUUCAUCAAAGUGACCAUCAGUAGAAUACGGCGCUCCUCGUCAUCCACCGUGUCCUCACCUACCUCCUCCUCUUCCAUCACCUCCUCGCCGUUCAAAGACAACUUGAGCAGAGGGACCCGGCGAAGACGGGAGAGGAAGAAGGGGGAGAGCAAAGGAGGAAGAGGUGGAGCUAGAGUGGGGGAGCGAGGGAGGAACGCCAGGGGACGAGGUAAUGGACGAGGACAGGGCUGCGUGCUCAAACAGAUCCACCUCAACGUGUCGGACCUCGGUUUGGGUUACCGCUCCAGUGAGGAGAUGAUAUUCAGGUACUGCUCCGGACCCUGCAGGAAGUCCGAGACCAACUACGACAAAAUCCUUUACAACCUCGUUCACAACAGGAGGCUUCCUCCCAAAGACACGCCCCCUCAGGCCUGCUGUCGGCCAGUAGCGUUCGACGACGACCUCUCGUUUCUGGACGACAAUCUUGUCUACCACACCGUUAGGAAGCACUCUGCCAGGAAAUGUGGGUGUGUGUAGGGAGUGUGAGCUGGCGUCAAGCGCUGUGUAAUUAUAACAUUCACUCCCACUUAGAUAUAAGAAGUUAAGGUGAUUUUUCUUCAGAUUUAUCUCACUGUGAGGAAACUUUCCGGGAUCAAGUGAGGCCGGAUUCGACCCGAGUCCAUCAGUUAGUAAAGGGAGGCGUUGGCAUCGCUUCAGUUUUGACCCAGAGGCAAUGAUUCCUCAUGAUCCUCUUCUUCUUCUUCUUCUUCUUCUUCUUCUUGGCUCAAUCUCAAUAUCCACGAUUUUCCUUUACACCUUCCAUCGCUAAUGUGUUCAGUGUGAUUUUAAAUGUUUCCAUGGAUACUCGACCUAAAAGACAGACAUCAAUCAAACACGAGGGACAAUACAGCAGACUCACUCUGUUUACUGUACAACUCAUAUGUUACAUGGAAAAAGUAAUCAGCCCACAUAUAUUAAAUGUAUUUAUGAAAUCUUGAAUUUAUUAACUUAUUGAUAUUUAUUUUGUUUUUAUAAAAAAGUAAGAAUAAAUGUUAUUUAUUAGUGUAAUAUGAUAUCUCAGAGUGUGCCAAAGGAUUAAAUCAAAUAGGUUAAUGAUUUAUUUCCAUGUAAGCUUUCAAAAGACCGGGUUUACACUGCAAAAGGAUCUUUUACACAUCAGAUGUUAUGUUCAAGGUGCCCGCUGGAGUUGUAAACAAAGUUAUGUGAGCAUUCACAGCAUAUUUGUGGUCCUCACACACGGCACCAUAGUGAUGCAAAAGCCAGAGGGAUCCAGGAAGUCCAACCAAGACCAUAUGAAAACAAGUACAGAGUUAAUAAAAAGCUGCUAUUAUUGUUGCUAAAUGUUUGGAAAAUUGCACCUUCAUCAGCGCUCCAAACUGUAAUCAACUAAUCCUCAUUUUGAUAUUUUCAAGUGCCUGGGUUGCUUCUGGUUUUUGGAUCACUCUCUCUCCCAUUUUACAAGAGCACUCAACACAGUGUUUGUCUAAAAUGUCUGAAAGGUGUCCUGUGGUGUUUUCUUUCAACAAAUUUGAAGUCAGUGUUUCUCACCAAAAGAAUGUUUACCCAGCUAAAGAGUUGAAUAUCAAAUAAUCGAUCAAUCUUAUUUUGUGUGGCGCCACUUCACAUGAAAAGUCAUCUCAUGACACUUUCUCAAAUGGAGCCGGUCUAAACCAAACUCCUUUAUUCAUUUAUUUACAGAGAUCCAACAUGAGCAAAGACUUGGUGACGGUGGUGAGAAGAAACUUCCCUGAAGUUACAUCCAUGUUCUCUAGCUUGCGGUCUUUUCUUUUGCCUUUAUAGCCUGGAUCACCGUGAUGUCGCACAGCAACAGUCACUUCCAGGUAGACAACUGAAGCGGGAUUUACAUUACAGAUUUUCUGUCGUAACUGCAACAGCUGAAGAUAACUAGUUAGUCAUGAUCGUCUGACCAGUCUGACGUUUCUGUUGUGCUCAUUUUACAAACUAUGUUGCUUUGUUAGCAUCUUUGACAUCGACACCACAGUGAUAUCUCGACCAGCUGCUAGGUGAACUCAAGUUGUCAUUUUCUUUAGUCUUAGUCCCAACAGGACAAUAAAUUCAAAUGUAACAUCAGUAAAAGUGUUGUUAUUAGAGAUAUGACAGCAAACAAACAUUGUGAUUCAGUCUAUUGUCACUUUGCUUCUUAAAAAUAUUACUCUUUAGCAUUACUAGUAGUCAGAAACUCCACAGGGCACCUUUAAAGUUCCUGUUUACUCCGAAUCUUAUCGUUUACAACGUUCUACAUUUGUGUGUCAUUGGACUGCAUUGUUUCCCUUUUUGUUCUGAUGAUUGGAGAAUAGUUGCUAAUUUUAUGUCCUUCUCUCACAUGAGUUUAUGUGUUAGUGAAACGAGAUUUCUUCACUUUGAAAAACAACUACAGAUUUAUUUUUAUAUGGUAUCCACCUUUAACUUGUUUCAUUUUAAUUGAUAAUAAAUGCAUUCUACAGA